CCGAACAGAAGCAAGGACCAAUGAGAUUUCGUUCUGCAGCCGUCAAGUCAACAACAACAAUGAUUAGCGAUAAAAGAGGAAAAAUGGCAGAGAAACAAAAGUUUGAUCUCGGUCUUCUCGAAGAGGAUGACGAAUUUGAAGAAUUUCCUGCUGAAGACUGGACAGGAAAGGACGAGGAUGACCAGGACGUCAAUGUUUGGGAGGAUAACUGGGACGAUGACAAUGUAGAAGAUGAUUUCAGCAAACAAUUAAAAGCUGAACUGGAGAAGCAAGGAUCAAAGAUGGAUCAGUGAAUGUGAGAGGGAUAUUCAGGGAUGCUUUCUAAAUCCGUGCGCCGGAGUGCGUUGUGAAUGGUUUUAAUUUAAUUAAAAAAUCUUAUAUAUCAGCUUUAAAAAUAA